UCCCGAUCCACUGUCGCACCACCUCCAGCUGAGCUAAAGUCUCCGCGCUCUCCCAGAACCUGGCGGACGGACUGCUGUCUUUUUUCCGGUGUGCGGAUGUUCCGCUGCCAGCUUGGCUUAUCCCGGGAAUCCCAAGGUCCUGAGAUCCUAUGGGUGUCCAGGGUCUGACUACCUUUGUGGAGGGGAACAGACAUUUCUUCCAAGAUGUGAAGUUCAGGGACAGUCGCCUGGUUAUUGAUGGCUGCAGUCUCUAUUUCCGCCUCUACUUUAACCACGGUUUGGACCAGCAGCAUGGAGGGGACUAUGAUGCUUUCGCUUCCCUGCUCACCCAGUUCCUCUCUGCACUGGCAACCUGUAACAUCCAGCCAUAUGUGGUACUGGAUGGUGGGAUUGACCCCAGUGACAAGAAGUUCCCUACUCUGCGUCAGCGUCUGCAGUCCAAGAUAAAGGAGGCAGACAGUCUUUCCCAUGGGCGCAAUGGCUCUGUCCUUCCCAUCCUCACAAGAGACGUCUUCAUUCAGGUCCUCAUCCAAAGAGGUGUCCCGCUGUUCCAGUGUCCAGCUGAGGCUGACCGGGAAAUCGCAUGUUUGGCUCACCAGUGGAACUGUCCAGUUCUGACCAAUGACAGUGAUUUUUAUAUUUUUGACCUGCCGGGAGGUUACCUUCCAUUCCGCUUUUUCCAGUGGGCCAACCUUAACGGCAAAGCCUCUCAGCGCUACAUCUCAGUACGACGCUACACCACUAAUGGGCUUUGUCGCUUGUUUGGGGGCAUGAACCGGGAGUUGCUACCCUUAUGUGCUGUUCUGACUGGUAAUGAUUAUGGCACUCCAAAAGAUGCGGAAACACUUCUAGGUCUGUUAGACACGAGUGCAUUAGCGAGAGGUGGUGGCAGGGGUAAAGGUAUGCCUUCCCGCAUCGAGGGCAUCCUCCUCUGGCUGUCCUCUUUUUCAAAUCCUGCGGAGGCCCUAGAGGAAGUGAGCCAGCUAAUGCAGGAGGAGGGCAGAGGUGGAGGUAGUAGGGGCAAGAGAGGACAGAGGGGAGGGCUCAGUUCACAGCUGUGGGCAGCUAUGCAGGAGUACCACAUCACCCCUCAAAGCUCCCUGGCUCACUGGUUCUCUGGAGGUAAGGUCCUACCUGGAGUGCAGAUCUCUGGGCUUCCUGAGUGUCUGUCGCCUGCUGCAGCACAGGGACUGUUGGCUCCCUUAGUGGUAGAUGUUGUGGUGAUGCACCGGGUCCUGCUCAUCCCACAGGUGGAGAACAGCAAGUUAGCCAGCAGCCACUUUAGUGCCAGAGCUAUACGGCAGGCUAUGUAUGGUAUAUUACUGCAGAGAGGUGAAGAUGUCCAAGCACAGGAUAUAAGGGUACAAGAAAACUUCAGAGGCCGUGGUGGAAGAGGUAGGGGAGGUGAUCAGGUUCGUGGAGGUAGGGGUCAGAGCGUCACUUUACCCACACAACAGGGUAUCGGUGUAGCAGCCGGUGCAUCUACAGUGCAGGCUCAAGGCUCUAGUGCCCCCAUCUAUGUAGAAGAGUAUGACCGCCUGGAUCUGAACUUGAAGAAAAACCAAGUUGAAGCACAUCUGCUCAGAAACCCCUUACGUCUGGACACACUUGGCCAGGCACCUGUGGCAGUUCGUCUUGGAGUCCUGCAUGAGGUCUUGGGGGUGAAGGAAUCAGCCCUGUCUUCUGUUCCUCUUCACCUGAAGCUGGUUGUAGCAGUGACAGGCUUCUGGCUGCGAGAGGCCAUACCAACACCCUCACAGCCCCUGCUCCAGGCUUUGGUGCUGGGCAUGGUUUACGGAGAGCUGUCCUGGAACAACCAACCUGGAGUUACCAACCCACAGUUGAACUGGGCUGCAGAGCGUAACGUGUGGGCAGGGCUGGAUCGACUGCGUGUGAGGCCGGGGGAAAGACGGGGCUUGGAUGUCGGUGCGGCUCACAGUUUGAGCCAAUGGCAGGCCUGCCUCUGGAGUGCACUGUGUCUUGAUCAGCUAUUGCUGCUGCCAAUGCCGGAACCCCACCUAUCAUGGUUGUACAGUGGUACCUUGGUGCAUGGCCUCCUCCGGUAUCUGAAAGGGGGCCGGCCUGCUGAAUCCCUCCUAGUCGGGGGCUACCUGUCCGGACAACUCUACUCCUGUCUGCUGGAUGCUGUAAAGAACUGCAGCUCCAAAAGCCAUCAUUCCUCUUCAGCAGCAGGAGGGAGGAGGAGGAGAGGCGGAGGACGGGGAAGGAGAGGAAGAGGAGGGCGUGGGAGAGGAGCGAGGGGAGGGGGGAGAGUGACUGAAGACAUAAACAACAGGUUUGCCUUCCUGAUGAGUGAGGAAGAGUCUGAUGAUGAUUAUUGAUGAGGAGGUGGAGAAUAUAAAUGAGCAAAUCAAUAUAAAGCACUAGCUAGGGGCCAAAUGAAGGAGGACAUUCCAGUGUUUUAUUAAACACAAUCAGGGAAUGCUGAUGACUGUCAAGAGAAGAAGUAAAUCUCGUUAUGUUUACCACUGAGCCUCUACAUGUAUAACUCGAUUAAGUGAUGUCAAGACAUGAGAUCAGUUUUCCCAAAGCACAAUCUUGCCAUAUUUAAGCAGAUUUGAGAUUUUAUUAAAGUAAUUUCAUUGUAAUUAAAGGCAGGUUGAGUGAUUCUAGGUAAUGCAUUUAGAAUCACUUAAACACUUUUUAAAAUUCAGUAAAUAUCUCCUCACAGUUAGCUCUCUGUUCUGUGGCUGGACCAAACCACCCAACAUCCGUGUCUGUCAGGUAAUGCCAGAUUAUUUGCCUACGGACAAUUUUACUUCCUAACUUGCCACGAUAUGCUGUUGUUGUGAUGUUAGCUUUAAGAGCAGGAGAGUUGUGAAUGUUGCUGUCGGGAGCUGAUGUACUCGAUCUGGGGAACCAAUUGUCUUCUUUGCAUGUUAGCUGCACAGCAAACAUUAUUUAAUUACUUGCUACGGCGUACUAUAUCAUUACUUACCCCACCUUUAAUGCAACGGUUUUUACCAUGACAGUUUUAUUUUUUUUUAAUUAUUUUUAGUUACACCAACACAGGAUAUAAACAGUGAGAUGUCUUAAUUUAUUGUUUCUGUCUACCAGAAGAACUACUUUAUUCAUUCAAAUUCAAUUUCCAGAAAGUUGUAUGGCAGCUAGUGUCAUUUUUAAUGAACAAUACAUGGAAUCUUUUGUCAUUUUAAUAUUUGCCUUAAUAUCCAUGAAUUUGGUGCUCAAGUUUACUUUGUAUAUUAAAAAAUAUGAAUCAAAA